GCUUCACCAAGAACCGCCGUUUUCGUAUAUAUCCCCGGCCUUUUUGGCAAGCAUGGAUGCCUUGGCUGCCUGCACAGUGCCGCACAGAGAGCAAGCAUAGCAUGGCCAUGGCCCAAGCUCGCGUCGUUGCUCUGGCUCUGUGCGCCCUGCUCCUUGUCUCCGGCGUGGCCCGGAGAGCCGAGGCUGUCUCGUACAACGUCGGCAACAGCGCGGGGUGGGAUCUCAGCGCCGACUUGCCGUCGUGGGCCGACGGCAAAACCUUCAACGUCGGCGACGUUCUAGUGUUCCAGUACUCCAGCUACCACACCCUGGACGAAGUCGACCAGGCCGGGUUCAACAACUGCAGCGCCGCCAACGCGCUCCUGUCGCGGAGCGACGGCAACACGACGGUGCCGCUGACGGCGCCCGGCGACCGGUACUUCAUCUGCGGCAGCCAGCUGCACUGCCUGGGCGGGAUGAAGCUGCACGUGCUCGUCAGCCAGCCGGCGGGAGGAGCUCCGGCGAAGGCCACGCCGCAGUCCACGCCGCAGACGGGCUCCGGGGCCGCCCUUGGGCCCAGCACCGACGAUGCGGGGCUUGCGGGCAUACCCUGGCUCGUUCUCGGCGGGUCCCAUCGAGCUACGGUGGGCUCCAUGCUGCUGACGUGGCUGUUCGUAGCCACAGCUCUGCUGCUUGUAUGAGGAUUGCAGAAGAGGUCUUUUGAUUUGAUUUUGACUAAGCACGGUUUGAUUUGAUCUUUGUAAAAAAAAUAUUGUGAACCAACGAAUCGGAGCAUCGAGAUCGAGACGCACUCGCACACGUCUAUAAACUAGCAGCUCCUGUUGGGGUAUGCUUCGUAGCCGAAGAUCCUAAAAAGAACACUUUCGAAAGGUUUUCUCAGAAGCAAGCGCCGAAGCUAUUAUCUGUACAGCUUCGGCACAAAGGCAAAUCUCAAGAUAAAGGAACGAACCGACUUAAAUAUGAAUUGACUUAAAAACCCAUGAUGUUUUGUGUCAUUAUUGUAGUUGAUUGUAAAGGACAUAAAUGUAAUUUUGCGCAGGUUGCAUCAUGUGCCUAUAAAUAGAUGAACAGUAUCCUGGUACUGUUCACGC